GCCACGCACGGGGCAACGGGGUUAUAAACUGACACUGAAAUUUAGUGUGCACACCUUUCUGCCUUAUUCCCGCCCGGUCGCAUACGUGUGAUUUAGCUGUUGUCAGUCUUUUUUAAUUUUAGUCUUAUUAAUAUCACGCACCAAUGGCUACACUCCGGGCAUUGCGGAAACUAUGCCGGCAUUCUCACCACCAGGCAUGCAGUUUUCAUUUGUCAUCUUCAAGACAAGAGGCUGUGAUCAUCUCAGGCAGGAAACUGGCUCGGCAGAUCCGCAACGAGGCACGUGAUGACGUGGAGGAGUGGGUGGCUGCUGGGAACCGACGACCUCACCUGAGUGUGGUGUUGGUGGGUGACAAUCCAGCCAGUCACUCUUAUGUUCUCAAUAAGACCCGUGCAGCAGCAGAAGUGGGUAUUAGUAGUGAGACCAUCCUGAAACCUUCUAGUAUCAGUGAAGAGGAGCUACUUGACCUCAUUGAGAAACUCAACAUAGACCACAGAGUAGAUGGUCUGCUGGUACAGCUACCACUUCCUGAUCACAUCGACGAGCGACGUGUAUGCAAUGCCGUGUGCCCAGGGAAAGAUGUUGAUGGUUUCCAUGUGGUCAAUGUUGGUCGCAUGUGUCUGGAUCAGUCAACUAUGCUGCCUGCCACGCCCUGGGGGGUUUGGGAGAUUAUCAAACGCACAGGCAUACAGACGCUGGGUAAGAAUGUGGUGGUGGCUGGUCGCUCCAAGAACGUGGGGAUGCCCAUUGCAAUGCUGCUACACACAGACGGCAGACAUGAAAGGCCAGGAGGUGAUGCCACCGUGACCAUCUCCCACCGUUACACUCCCAAAGAACAGCUCCGUCAGCACACACAGAUCGCAGACAUUAUCGUCGCUGCUGCAGGUAUUCCCAACCUCAUCACUGCUGAUAUGAUAAAGGAGGGUGCAGCUGUUAUAGAUGUUGGUAUCAACAGAAUAUUGGACCCCUUGACUGGAAAAAACAGACUUGUUGGUGAUGUGGACUUUGAAGGUGUCAGAAAGAAGGCCAGCUACAUUACUCCAGUUCCAGGUGGCGUUGGACCCAUGACUGUAGCCAUGCUCAUGAAAAAUACAAUCAAGGCAGCAAAGAACUUAAUUUUAACUCCUCCUCAACGUGUUCGAAUGGCAGCGUCCUCGUAACAACCUCACUCUCUCAGCUCACUCCACAUUCCACGCUGUGCUCCCCUCCGACUUCAUUUUGAGGGUCUCCAAGUGGAAAAUCAAUAUUUUUAAUGGCUAUUUUUGCGUUUCAUAGUCUAGUUAAAUAUAUUUAAAGGUUUGUGGGGAAAGAAUGUGCUUUUUUUCAUUCAGAUCUUACACAAAAAAUAUUAUUUAGUGUUUGUUUUUCAAUUACCAGGCCAAGCUUUCACUUUCUUUCGUUUUUACACUGUUACAGCUUUGCUUUUUCAGCUUUCUGUAUGUUGAAGUAUUAUAAUAAGAGACUGGCAGACUUUUUGAAGCAUAUUUAUUAAGAAACACUAAAGAAAUGUUCCAGAAUGACUGCAGUCAGUGUUAAGACAGUGUCAUUGCAUUUACCCUAUGUUUCUGCAGUACUGAUUGUUGUUCCCAUUUACAUGAAUGUGUGGAAUGAGUCACAUGUCCAAUACUGGUCAAUACUUGUGAGUCAGCAUGCAAGAUAACUGACCGAAUAACCUUUGCAACAACAGUUCAUUCAUUUAGAGGGUAUUUGUGACUGAAUUGAGUCAUCACUCCUUUUUAUUUUUUUAUUCCUCCUUUAUCUGGCCCUUGAGGGUACAAAGAGUAAUGAUAAAGGAGCAGUGGAUAGGGACAUCCAGCAAAGGAGAAAAAAUGUGGCUAAAUUUAGAUGGAAAUCUAGCCAAGUUGGUGCUUUUUUUUAGUUGUAUGUUCCAGUGACAAGCCAAGUCUUGUUGAAAUAAUCACAGUUGUUUUGCAUACUAUGCUAAUGCCUUUCAAGCACUACAAUAAAUGUAUCA